AAAACGUUCCGACAAUGGUUGCCUCUUUUGUUCAAAAGAGUUCCCGAAUUAUGCCAAACACGCUGAAAUGGUCGGGCUACGAGGUUGUUUAUUAAAGUAUAACUCUUUCAACUAUCCCGUGUUGGAUUAUUUCAUGAAGUGAACUCGACCAGCAAGCGUUAGGACCCCGCUGCGAGGUGAAGAAUCUGGAGGAACGUGGAGUAAUGUAAGCCUCAGAAGGAUCUCACCCAGCCCUGGCUGUUGGCACAAUGGGGCUGGACUUUGAUGUUAAGACGUACUGUCACAAUUUGAGGGCCACCAAGCCUCCGUACGAGUGCCCUGUGGAGACGUGUCGAAAGGUUUACAAGAGCUACAGUGGCAUCGAGUACCACCUUUAUCACUACGAUCAUGACAACCCCACUCCUGCACCGGCUGUGCCCCAGAAGAAGAAAAAAGGAAGACCGCCUCGUGUAUCUCUAGCUGGUUCAGGAGACACAGAUGAUGGCGGCAAUGGCGGGGCGAUGGGAAAUGAGGAGAAUACUCCUGGCAGUCCAGCGCGAUCAGAUGUCUCUCAAUCUCCCACCAGAGACACAAUGACUUAUGCACAGGCACAACGCAUGGUGGAGUUGGAGAUUCAAGGCCGGAUCCACCGCAUCAACAUCUUUGAGAGCAUCGAUGUGGUGUCAGAAGAGGACAGCGAUGUGGAGGAGGGCCCUCAGUCUGGGGGUGCCGGCAGCGGCUCCGGGGUGUGCAACGGUAGUGACAGCGUUGCUGGUGGAGGCGAGCUUGGAGGAAGCUGCAAAGAUCGGACUGAUAUUUCUUCUUCUAAUGGUGGGAAAUCCACGCCGAAGUCGGGGAAACACAAGAGCAAAGAAAAGAAAAAAGAUGGUUCGUCACACUAUCACAGCAGUCAGGGGCCUGCAGUCAAACUGCCGGAGGUGGUUUUCCGAGAGCUGGACCAAGACCGGCCCGAUGCCCCUCCACGACCUUCGUCUUACUACAGGUACAUUGAUAAGUCUGUGGAGGAGCUUGACGAAGAGGUUGAGUAUGACAUUGAUGAAGAAGACUACAUCUGGCUGGACAUCAUGAACGACAAGCGGCGACGCGAUGGUGUAACACCCAUCCCUCAGGAGGUCUUUGAGUAUCUCAUGGAUCGUUUGGAAAAGGAGUCCUACUUUGAGAGUCAUAACAAGGCGGACCCCAACACCCUGAUAGAUGAAGAUGCCGUGUGCUGCAUCUGUAACGAUGGCGAAUGCCAAAACAGCAACGUCAUCCUGUUCUGCGACAUGUGCAACUUAGCAGUCCACCAGGAGUGCUAUGGCGUCCCCUACAUACCAGAGGGGCAGUGGCUGUGUCGCCGCUGCCUGCAGUCACCCAGUCGAGCCGUGGACUGUGCGCUGUGUCCGAACAAGGGAGGAGCUUUUAAACAGACGGAUGAUUCUCGCUGGGCCCAUGUGGUGUGUGCACUCUGGAUACCAGAGGUUUGUUUUGCGAACACGGUGUUCCUGGAGCCCAUCGACAGCAUCGAGCACAUUCCCCCUGCACGCUGGAAACUCACCUGCUACAUCUGCAAGCAGCGUGGCUCUGGUGCCUGCAUCCAGUGCCACAAAGCCAACUGCUACACCGCCUUCCAUGUCACCUGCGCCCAGCAGGCCGGCCUCUACAUGAAGAUGGAGCCGGUGAGAGAAACCGGGGCCAACGGAACCUCCUUCAGUGUCCGCAAGACGGCUUACUGCGACAUCCACACACCGCCCGGUUCCGCCCGACCGCUGGCAGGAGUGGGUGGCGCCAGCAUGGGUUCAUCGAACAGCGAGGGAGAGCUGGAGGAGGACGAUGAGCCCAGUAUUUGUCAGGAUGAAGACUCCAAAGGCUGGAGCUCGGAACGUUCCAAGAGGGCCAAGGCCAAAUCCAGGAUGAAGAUGAAGAGGGCGAGGAAGAUCCUAGCGGAGAGGAGAGCAGCCGCUCCUGUCGUAUCUGUUCCCUGUAUUCCACCCCACAAGCUUAGCAAAAUCACCAGUAACCUGACGGUUCCCCGGAAGAGUCAGUUCAUGCAGCGGCUACACAGCUACUGGACCCUGAAGAGGCAAAGUCGCAACGGUGUUCCUCUGCUGCGACGACUGCAAACACACCUACAGUCACAGCGACACGUUGACCCGCUGCCGGCGACUCCCACCGCCCAAAUCCCUCCGCGAGACAGUGAGGAGAAACAGAGUGCUCUGAAGGAGCAGCUGAAGGCGUGGCAGAGACUGAGACAUGACCUGGAGCGGGCCCGGCUGCUGGUGGAGCUGAUCCGCAAGAGGGAGAAGCUGAAGAGGGAGACGAUCAAAGUGCAGCAGUUAACGAUGGAGAUGCACCUGACGCCUCUCCUGGUGCUGCUGAGGAGCACGCUGGAGCAGCUGCAGGAGCGAGACACCAAUAACUUUUUCACAGAGCCGGUGCCGUUGGCUGAGGUACCAGACUACCUGGACCACAUCGACACACCUAUGGACUUCCAGACCAUGUGGAAUCUGCUGAAAUCCCACCGCUACCUCACGUUCGAGGCCUUCGAAGCCGAUUUCGGCCUCAUUGUCAACAACUGCCUCAAGUACAACGCCAAGGACACCGUCUUCUACCGGGCUGCGCUGCGCCUCAGAGAGAUGGGCAGCGUGGUCCUGCGAGCCGCCAGACGCCAGGCCGAGCGGAUCGGCUUCGACUACGAGACCGGCCUGCACCUCCCACGCGAGCCUAGCCCUGAAACCCGGCGCGAGCAGGAGAGGGACCGAGAGAGGGAGAGAGAACGGCAGGUGUCUUCUAAUGAGGACGAGCUGAUCAUGCCAGAAAACAGGCGCCGCCUCCCCCUGGAGGAGCAGCUGCACUGCAUGCAGGUGUGUCUGGACGAAGUCAAUGCUGGGAAGCACAGCAUCGGGCAGUCGCGCCGAGCAAAAGCUCUCAGGAAGGAGAUCAGUGUCAUCAAGAGGAAGCUGGCCAACCAGAGAGAAGGGGGCUCCGGCAUGGGGGGUUCCAGGGAAUCUCUGGGAGGUUUGGAUCGGAACUCAUCCCUCUCACAUCACCAGUCCUCUUCAGCACACCACGAUGAGGGAGGGGAGAGCAGCAGCCAGGAGACUGGGGGAAAAGACAUGAGUGUAUCAUCGUCUGCUCUGGCUCCAGAGGUGGGUCGACGCACGUCUGUCCUCUUCUCCAAAAAGAACCCAAAAAUAGCUGGCCCACCCAAAAGACCCGGGCGUCCUCCCAAAAACCGCGACGCAGCCUACGCCGGAGCGAGAGUGAGCCCCAGUCCGAUCGGCCCCCCACAGCUCCCGCUGAUGUCGCCGUCCAGACAGCGGAAGAGACCCCGCAGCCCCCACACCAGCUCCAGCUCGGACAGCGACAGCGACAACGAAGACAUGCUACCAGGGUUGCCUAGCAACGGUUUCGACGGGGGAAACCAGCCCGCAAGCUUUCGCGUCUACAGAAACGACGCUCGUCUUCCUCGUUCCAGCUCCGACUCCGAGUCGACAACCAGCAGCAGCAGCAGCGCUGCGUCCGACCGAACCAGCACAACACCAUCCAAGCAGAGCCGAGGAAAGACGUCAUUCCCUCGGUCUGCCUUUCAGGAGGACAGCAGCGAGGAAACGUCUGGAACUGAGAACGACUCCUACUCAGUCGGAGGCUCACGCGGAGUCACACAUUUGGUCCGUGGUCGGUCCAGGUCAGGAUGCUGGAUGACCUCUGAUGACUACUCAUCACUGGAAGCCCUGGACCUGGUGUGGGCCAAGUGCAGAGGUUAUCCAUCGUAUCCAGCCUUGAUCAUUGACCCCAAAAUGCCAAGGGAGGGAGUGUUCCACCGUGGGGUCCCCAUCCCUGUACCCCCGUUAGAUGUGCUGAAACUCGGGGAGCAGAUGACCCAGGAGGCGAGAGAGCACCUGUUCCUGGUUCUGUUCUUCGACAACAAGAGAACUUGGCAAUGGCUGCCACGCUCCAAGCUGGUGCCCCUCGGGGUGAACCAGGAGCUGGACAACGAGAAAAUGCUGGAGGGCCGUAAAUCCAACAUCCGGAAGUCAGUUCAGGUGGCCUAUCACAGAGCCAUGCAGCACCGCAGCAAAGUCCAGGGAGACCCCAGCAGCGAGACCAGCGACAGCGACUGAGCACUGUCUCACACUCACACAAAUGCACUUCUCUCACAUCGGAGGAUUUCACAACCUGAUCCAAAACAAGUGGCCCAACUCAUGAAACUGUAUUUAAUCUGACAUGUGAAAAAUUGUAUUUAAGUAAAACUGAAAUGUUCCAUUUUUAUUGCGAGAAGUUAAUGUUGAAGAAAAUAUUCCUCGCAUGUGCGUCUAGAUGUUUAAAUGAGAAGACGGUUCAGAAGUUGGAAGCAAUGUAAUGCGCAAAAACCAUGACCUGUGUUUUGACGAACUGGAUAAUGCAUGCCGACACACACACACUUUGGGAGCAGCUGCGAACGCCAUCACCCAAACAGAUCAUGACCGAAAGCAGAAACUGUUGCAGCCUAAAAAGUGGGUGAGAUAUUUGUUUUUUCUAUUUAUUCCAGUUAGUUGUUUAACACUCAUUGUGGACAUCACAUUUCUCAUCACUCUGUAGUCGAUCAUGGCAGUUUUUAACGUUUCCACACAGACUCUGUGGAUUAUACACUUGAACACUGUCUUUUAGUUCCAGACUGGUGGCUGUAGAAUUUUUUUAUAUAACAGAUUGCAUAAA